UGCAGAGCAUGCUCAAGGGCGACAGGAACUCCCCUAUCACGAUGAUCUUCCAGCGAACCGUCGGCCAGAGUCAAGACCAGGUUGUCGUCACGAUUUUGCGGGCCGUGCUAUCAGGAGCACCAUCGUCCAGCGAAGGAGUUGCUUCACCUUCUGUUCGCUCGUCUCCUCCUGCUCCCAGCAGCUCGCAGAAUGACAACGAGACCAUCAAGAACCUCAAGAAGCAGUUCAGUGGCCUGUCGUUCAUCUGGGGCGAUGCGGUGCACGACUCCGUGGAGGAGAGCAUGAAGGAGUGGAGAGCUGACAUGAUCUUCGGCCCCAAGAAGAAUAUCUCCUCCACUGCAGAAGCACCACAGGAGAACUCUGUCGUCGGAAGAAGCUUCAAUCACCUUCCUCCCUCCAUCACCCCUCAAGUUCCUAUGUUCAGAAGUUACGACAACAUGACCCCCACCUACGCGAGGUCGUAUCAGACGUACAACUUCCAGCCUGCUGCCGCUGAUUCAUAUCGCAUGUCUAUGAUGAGUCCCAUGCCAGCAGCUUCCUAUGCGAGUAGUUACAGAGGCACACCAACCUAUAGCUCGUUCGUCAGCAACUACGCCUCCAUGCCUCAGAUCGCUCCUCUUGGAAAGAACGAUUUUGUGUGUUGAAUGUUGGCAACGCGAUGAAGAGAAGAUAAUGUAAGGACGGAAUAAACUACUUGCAAUGC